UCUUUCUUUCUCUCUCUACACACUGCUUCUGCUGGAUAAAAAUUUGAUCUUUGGGUUCUCUUGCCGGUUCAAUUCUUGGCCCACGCAUACCAUGCUCCGGACGCCAUGAACGAAGCCGUCGUUGAAUCGAAGCCCCAGAAGAGGAAGGGCUCCAUCAGCGAAGAAGACAUCUCCACUCUCCUGCAGAGGUAUACGGCAACCGCGGUGUUGUGUUUGCUUCAAGAGGUGGCUCAGUUUCAGGGUGUGAAGGUGGAUUGGAAUGAGUUGGUGAAGAAGACGUCGACCGGGAUAACUAAUGCGCGGGAGUACCGGACGCUGUGGAGGCACUUGGCCUACCGAGGCACGCUGCCGGAGAAAUUGGAGGAUGGAGAUGAGCCUCCGGAUGAUAACAGUGACCUAGAAUAUGAGCUGGAAGCAUUUCCUGCAGUGAGCGCUGAAGCUUCGACAGAGGCUGCAGCCUGUGUCAAGGUACUAAUAGGUUCUGGUAUAACGAGUGACUCCAGCCUCCAGAAUAACUCAACUGUUGAGGCCCCGUUGACUAUAAACAUACCAAAUGGUCAAUCAUCUAGAGUUUCUGAAAGUUCCCAACCUCUCUGUUAUACACAGGGCAUGAAUAUUACUGUACCGGUCUCUGUUCAGAGACAGCCUCUGCCUGCAGUAACAUCUACUGAAGGCUUGGAUGCAAAUGGAUUAGCAAGUGGCAACAAUGCUUCUCGAAAGAAAAGAAAACCAUGGUCUGAGGCAGAGGACUUGGAACUCAUUGCUGCUGUACAGAAAUGUGGUGAAGGGAACUGGGCAAACAUCUUAAAAGCAGACUUUAAGGGAGAUAGGACUGCUUCACAACUUUCUCAGAGGUGGGCCAUUAUACGGAAACGGCAUGGAAAUAUGAAUGUGGGAAUUGCGAAUUCAACAGGGCCCCAGCUUUCUGAGGCACAACUGGCUGCUCGUCAUGCAAUGUCACUAGCCCUUGAUAUGCCUGUGAAAAAUUUAAGAACAGGUUUUCUAACAACAAACGGUACCUUUGGUAACUCUACACAGCCUGCUGCCGCCGCUGAGUCUCCUUUCCCGGGGAACAUUACUGGGCUGGCCCACCAUCAACCUCAGCAAAUUUCACAGCAAAGAUCUUCUCCAGUGCAAUCUUUAAAUAUUGCACCAAAGUCUAGGGUUCCCCCAAAAAAAGCAUCACCGAAGGCUGAUAUGAGCCCCGAUUCUAUGGGAAUAAAAGCUGCAGCAGUCGCUGCAGGGGCUCGCAUUGCAACCCCUUCAGAUGCCGCUUCGCUUCUGAAGGCUGCUCAGGCAAAAAAUGCUGUACACAUAAUUCCUUCCGGUUCUUUAAUAAAACCUUCUUCUAUUCCUGGAGGCAGUACCACCCAUUCCAGGCCCCAUCCUGGUGUAAACUUUAGAAGUACCGGGGUUGCUGUUACAUCCGGCCAUGCAGGCUCUGCUACUGAGAAAGAAUCGACUUCUGCAACCGCCAACGUUCCAUCUACUCCUGCUAAAGCACCAACUAUCUCCCUACAGAAGAGUAAUAUUUCCUCGGUUGUGGCCACUGAGCUUCCGUUGAAUCAAGAAGCCAAGGAUGAACAGAAGAUGGUUGAUUCUGCACCGAACAAUAUGACGAAGGAGCCAACCAAAGAAGAUGGAACUUGUGCUUUGGAUGAUGCUGCAAGGCAAGUUGCUGAAGAUAACAAGGUUCUGGUAAAACCAGAAGCAGAGCAAGGAAACGCAACACCAGUUGAGAAGUCAAAUAUGGUGUCGAAUGCACCAGCGGCUGUAAGUGAUCAAGUGUCGAAUGCACAAGCGGCUGUAAGUGAUCGAAGUGGUGUGGUGAGCACCCAGGCUGAGGGUGGAAAUGAUAAUUGCGACAAGAACUGUGAGAACAGAAGUCUGAAUAUCCCGCAGGUCGACGCGCCAGGCUUGGCAUCCAUCAAACAUAGUGAAGAAGUAGACGGCACAAGCUAGUUUAAAUGAACUUAGAUGAUUAAUUAGAUUUAGAGAUUGUUAUGCAGGUUGAAAGAAAGAAAUUUUACAUAAGCUUUUGCUUCCAACUUAUUUUGAACUUCCAGCAUUUGGUGCUCCCCGAGCUUUGUAAUAUUUCUCAGAAUAUAGCAAUGAAAAGCAAAUGAUAAUUGUCCA